AACAACAACAACAACAACAACAACAACAACAACAUCAUGAUCUCUUCUUUCUCAACCCCAACAAUGAACAACAACAACAAUAACAAGCUCUCACUUCUCCUACCAACCCUUCUUCUUCUCCAUCUCUCAUUUCCGAAGAUCUCUGCAUACAUUGGCGUUAAUGGAGGCAUUGGUGUUUGGAUCAAUGGCAGAGGAGGAGGUAUAUCAACAACAACUCCACCUCCAACUUUAAGCACUCCAACUCCAUCAACUUCAACUCCAUCAAACAAAGAAUACACAGCACUUCAAACAUGGAAAGCAGCCAUAACAGAAGACCCCAAUGGAGUCAUAUCAACAUGGGUUGGCCCCAAUCCCUGCUCCUACAAGGGUGUCUUCUGCUCAAACCUCCCUGGAGGUCUCUCCACCAUCACAGGCAUAGAUCUCAACCAUGCCCACCUCAAAGGCACUCUUGUCCCUGCCCUCUCCCUUCUCAGCAACCUCAACAUUCUCCAUCUCAACUCCAACAGCUUCACUGGCACUGUCCCUGACACCUUCCAAGAUUUACAGUCUUUAACUGAGCUAGACCUCAGCAACAACCUUUUCUCUGGUCCAUUCCCUACUCAAGCUCUCUACAUUCCCAAUCUGAUCUACUUAGACCUCAGAUUCAACUCAUUCUCUGGUCCCAUCCCUGGUGAGCUCUUUGACAAACAACUUGAUGCCAUUUUCCUCAACAACAACCAGUUUGAAGGUGAGAUCCCCAUGAAUCUCUGGACUUCCCCUGCUUCAGUCAUCACCUUAGCAAACAACAAGCUUUCAGGCUCCAUUCCUGACAGCUUUGGCUAUUCUGUGAUAAAAGAAGUGCUUUUCCUCAACAACAAGCUCACAGGGUGUAUUCCUGAUGGACUUGGGCAAUUACAAGACAUUGAAGUUCUUGAUUUGAGCUUUAACUCACUCACAGGCCAUGUUCCAAGUUCUGUGUCUUGUCUCACUGGGAUUGAAGUGUUGAACAUUGGCCACAACCAGUUGUCUGGUACUGUGCCUGAUUUCUGUGAUUUGAGGAGCUUGAUGAACUUGACAGUGGCUUUCAACUUCUUCUCAGGGUUUAGUGAGGAUUGUGGAAGGAGUUUACUGAGGGUUGUGGGGUUUGAUUUCUCCAGGAAUUGUAUUCCUGGAGGGGGCAUGCAGAGGCCUCCAAUGGAGUGUUUGGGGCUUCCUGGGGAUGGGGGUGCCCUUAGCUGUUUGAGGUUACCUUCUACUGGUCCUGUGAGUUGUCCUGGUGUUAUGGUUAGCAUUGGAGUUGGAGGAGUUGGAGGAAUUGGAGUCUCAUUUUCCUCUUCUUCUCCAUCAUCAUCUUCUCCUCCUUCUUCUAUUCCUUGAUGUUUUUCUUUCUUUUUAAUUAUUAUUAAUGUUGUUAUUGUUGUUGUUGUUGUAUGGUAGCUUAUUUUAUUUUUGGAACUGCAUGUUGGUACUAUCAGGCAGAGGUGGUGGAAUGCAUUAAUGCAGAUUUUAUUGUGAUA